AUGGAUUCAUUCACCCCCCAUACCGCCGAAGAGGCCGUCCGCAUCUCCGCUAAGCGCACCGCCGAUCUUUUCGGUGGAGAUUACUUGAUGGUCACACCAACGACAUUGACAGAUGAUUCGAUCGGCAUGUCCUACCGGCGGAGAGUAGAAUACAAUGAUGUGAAAGAAUUGCCACACGCCCUGGCUGAAAUCCAAGCCAAGGCCGCCGCAGGACGCUCCAAACGACCCAGGAUUCAACCGCAAGCACAGCAAUCCGGUGAUGGAAGCGGUGCGUCAAUGUCGCUUGUGAAGAGGACACCGGGUAUCGGCGCGGGUGUAGCAGGUGGUGAGGAUCAGCCUAAGAGUCUGAUCCAGAGACCGUCAGCGACAAAGCAACAGCGACCAGACUGGCAUGCGCCGUGGAAGCUGAUGCGUGUGAUCUCGGGCCACUUGGGUUGGGUGCGCGCUCUCGCUGUUGAACCAAAUAACCAGUGGUUUGCUAGUGGUGCUGGAGAUCGGACAAUCAAAAUUUGGGAUUUGGCGACUGGGUCCCUACGUCUCACACUGACCGGUCACAUUUCUACUGUUCGUGGAUUGGCGGUUUCGCCGCGGCAUCCGUACCUUUUCUCGUGUGGUGAGGAUAAGAUGGUCAAGUGCUGGGAUUUGGAAACCAAUAAGGUUAUUCGUCACUACCACGGCCAUCUGAGUGGUGUCUACACGCUAGCCCUGCACCCUCGUCUUGACUUGCUAGUUACUGGUGGUCGUGACGGUGUGUGCCGAGUCUGGGAUAUGCGUACGAGGAGCAAUGUUCACGUUCUUGCUGGCCACAAGGGCACGGUUGCCGAUAUCAAGUGUCAAGAAGCCGAUCCCCAGGUCAUCUCUGGUUCGCUCGAUGCUACAGUUCGGCUGUGGGAUCUGGCUGCUGGUAAAUCGAUGGGAGUCUUGACACACCACAAGAAGGGUGUUCGUGCACUUGCUACCCACCCGACCGAGUUUACUUUCGCCAGUGCCAGUACCGGCAGCAUCAAGCAGUGGAAGUGCCCCGAGGGUGCCUUUAUGCAGAACUUUGAAGGACAGAACGCCGUCAUCAACUCUCUCGCCGUCAACAACGAGAACGUCAUGUUUUCGGGAGGUGACAAUGGUUCCAUGUCCUUCUGGGAUUGGAAGACUGGUCAUCGUUUCCAAGAAAUUGAGACUACUGCGCAGCCCGGUUCGUUGGAAGCCGAGGCGGGUAUCAUGGCCUCUACCUUUGAUCGUACAGGCUUGCGUCUCAUCACUGGUGAGGCUGAUAAGACUAUUAAGAUCUGGAAGCCUGAUGAGGAGGCUACACCCGAGUCUCACCCUGUUACCUGGGCCCCUACCCUAGGCAGACAGCGGUAUUAG